AUGAAAAAGAUUCGUUGGGUCAUCGGAGAUCCAAAUCUCUUGAACAUCAAGUCGUCAUUGAUGACAAAUGAAGAUGGAAGUGUAGCAAAAAAUGCAAAUGCAGCUAUGCACGAAGAAGAUCACGAAGUCGUUGCAUUUCACGAGAAUUCGCAUGAUUCUGGUCUAGAAUUAAGGUCAUCAAGCAGGCGAAUUAACAGAUGUAACCAACUUGACAACUCUGUAAGCUUAGAAUCUCAGGAAGUCAUCGAAAUGUGCAUUAACAUUGAGCCCCAACCUGCAGAGGAGAUACCAGAUCUUCUCUUUGAGGAGGAUGAAGAAGAGAAUUCGGAAGAAAAGAUCAUCGAUGAACAAGAAAUCUCGUUGGUUGUGGCUGACUUUGAAACCCCAUCAUCCAACCAGCCAUUGCCUGAAGUUGAACAAGUCAUCCCAUCACUCGUUCACUUUGAGACAGAACUGACUUCUGAAGAGCCCCAACCUGCAGAGGAGAUACCAGAUCUUCUCUUCGAGGAGGAUGAAGAAGAGAAUUCGGAAGAAAAGAUCAUCGAUGAACAAGAAAUCUCGUUGGUUGUGGCUGACUUUGAAACCCCAUCAUCCAACCAGCCAUUGCCUGAAGUUGAACAAGUCACCCCAUCACUCGUUCACUUUGAGACAGAACUGACUUCUGAAGAGCCCCAACCUGCAGAGGAGAUACCAGAUCUUCUCUUUGAGGAGGAUGAAGAAGAGAAUUCGGAAGAAAAGAUCAUCGAUGAACAAGAAAUCUCAAGCGCAACUUGCAGGAGGAGAUACCAGAUCUUUCUUGAGGAGGUUCGAAGAAGAGAUUUCGAAGAAAAGAUAUCGAAUGACCAAGAAAUCUCGUUGGUUGUGGCUGACUUUGGAAACCCCAUCAUCAACCAGCCAUUGCCUGAAGUUGAACAAGUCACCCCAUCACUCGUUCACUUUGAGACAGAACUGACUUCUGAAGAGCCCCAACCUGCAGAGGAGAUACCAGAUCUUCUCUUUGAGGAGGAUGAAGAAGAAAAUUCGGAAGAAAAGAUCAUCGAUGAACAAGAAAUCUCGUUGGUUGUGGCUGACUUUGAAAGCCCAACAUCCAACCAGCCAUUGCCUGAAGUUGAGCAAGUCACCCCAUCACUCGUUCACUUUGAGACAGAACUGACUUCUGAAGAGCCCCAACCUGCAGAGGAGAUACCAGAUCUUCUCUUCGAGGAGGAUGAAGAAGAGAAUUCGGAAGAAAAGAUCAUCGAUGAACAAGAAAUCUCGUUGGUUGUGGCUGACUUUGAAACCCCAUCAUCCAACCAGCCAUUGCCUGAAGUUGAACAAGUCACCCCAUCACUCGUUCACUUUGAGACAGAACUGACUUCUGAAGCGAGUACGAAUGAAGACGGCUUAAACCUUUGGGAUCUUCCAAGGUUACACCGAGCCGCGUACAAGAACAAGAUUCAGAAACUGCAAAGUCUUUUAAAGAAAAGACGAGUUGAUAUCAACAAGAAGGAUGUCGAAGGACGCACGGCACUGCAUUAUGGAUGCCUCGCCGGCAGAAUUCAAGUGGUACGGCUCAUUUUGGAUGCUGAUGGCAAAAUCACUAUUGACAGAUUUGGGAGGAGUCCUGUUUUUAUGGCAAUCAAAAACGGACAUUUGGAUAUAGUCAAAGUAUUCUACGGAAUAGAGUUUGACUUCAACCGACCUGACCACGCAGGGACCACACCACUGCAUUACGCCAUUUUCAGAAAGAAAAUGGAGAUUGCAGAAUACCUGGUAAAACAAGUGCAUGUGAAUGUGAAUGCAAGAGAUAUGCAUAUAUCUACGCCGCUGCACGAAGCAGUCCUUGCUGGGUUGCCAAAUGUGGUUUUAUUGCUAGUGAAAAAUGGAGCAGAAACAGAAAUCAGAGAGAUAAUCGGAAAGACCCCCUUGUUGCUGGCGAUCGUCAAAGGAGAAGAAGAAUGUGUUGAGAUCCUCUUACGCUAUGGUGCAGAGAUCUACCGCACAAGAUGCAGCAGCCUCGCAGAGGACAAGGCUCUUCAAUUUCGCCAGAAAAGGAUAUAUGAAAUGCUCCAGACUUAUAGAUCAAAGCACGAGAGGAGAAUUGAAUUCAUCGAUCCAAAUCUCUUGAACAUCAAGUCGUCAUUGAUGACAAAUGAAGAUGGAAGUGUAACAGAAAAUGCAAAUGCAGCUAUGCACGAAGAAGACAACGAAGUCGUUGCAUUUCACGAGAAUUCGCAUGAUUCUGGUCUAGAAUUAAGUUCAUCAAGCAGGCGAAUUGACAGAUGUAACCAACUUGACAACUCUGUAAGCUUAGAAUCUCAGGAAGUCAUCGAAAUAUGCAUUAACAUCGAGCCCCAACCAGCAGAGGAGAUACCAGAUCUUCUCUUCGAGGAGGAUGGAGAAGAGUAUUCAGGAGAAGAGAUCAUUGAUGAACAGGAAAUCUCGUUGGUUAUGGCUGACUUUGAAACCUCAUCAUCCAACCAGCCAUGGCCUGAAGUUGAACAAGUCACCCCAUCACUCGUUCAAUUUGAGGCAGAACUGACUUCUGCAGAGCCCCAACCAGCAGAGGAGAUACCAGAUCUUCUCUUCGAGGAGGAUGGAGAAGAGUAUUCAGAAGAAGAGAUCAUUGAUGAACAGGAAAUCUCGUUGGUUAUGGCUGACUUUGAAACCUCAUCAUCCAACCAGCCAUUGCCUGAAGUUCAACAAGUCACCCCAUCACUCGUUCAAUUUGAGGCAGAACUGACUUCUGCAGAGCCCCAACCUGCAGAGGAGAUACCAGAUCUUCUCUUCGAGGAGGAUGAAGAAGAGUAUUCAGAAGAAGAGAUUGUUGGUGAACAGGAAGUAUCGUUGGUUUUUGCUGACUUUGAAACCCAAUCAUCCAACCAGCCCGAAGUUGAACAAGUCACCCCAUCAUUAAUUCAACUAGAAGCAGAACUGACUUCUGCAGAGCCCCGACCUGCAGAGGAGAUACCAGAUCUUCUCUUCGAGGAGGAUGAAGAAGAGUAUUCAGAAGAAGAGAUUGUUGGUGAACAGGAAGUAUCGUUGGUUUUUGCUGACUUUGAAACCCAAUCAUCCAACCAGCCCGAAGUUGAACAAGUCACCCCAUCAUUAAUUCAACUAGAAGCAGAACUGACUUCUGCAGAACCCCAAACUGCAGAGGAGAUACCAGAUCUUCUCUUUGAGGAGGAUGAAGAAGAAAAUCCGGAAGAAGAGAUCAUUGAUGAACAGGAAAUCUCGUUGGUUUUUGCUGACUUUGAAACGCCAACAUCCAACCAGCCAUUGCUUGAAGUUGAACAAGUCACCCCAUCACUAAUUCAACUAGAAGUAGAACUUACUUCUGCAGAGCCCCAAUCUGCAGAGGAGAUACCAGAUCUUCUCUUCGAGGAGAAUGAAGAAGAGUAUUCAGGAGAAGAGAUCGUUGAUGAACUGGAAAUAUCGUUGGUUUUUGCUGACUUUGAAACCAAAUCAUCCAACCAGCCUGAAGAUGAAAAAGUCACCCCAUCACUUAUUCAACUAGAAGCAGAACUGACUUCUGCAGAGCCCCAACCUGCAGAGGAGACACCAGAUCUUCUCUUUGAGGAGGAUGAAGAAGAGUAUUCGGAAGUAAAGGUCAUUGAUCAACUGGAAAUCUCGUUGGUUUUGGCUGACUCUGAAACCAAAUUAUCCAACCAGCCUGAAGAUGAAAAAGUCACUCCAUCAUUUAUUCAACUAGAAGCAGAACUGACGUCUGCAGAGCCCCAACCUGCAGAGGAUAUACCAGAUCUUCUCUUUGAGGAGGAUGAAGAAGAGCCUUCGGUUGUAUUGGAACCUCCAUUACCUUUCUCUUCAUCUGCUCCAAUUGACGUAAACCAGAUAUCGUCUGAUCCAUCAGAGAAGCCGAAGCAGGAACUGCCUGUUUAUAAGGAGGAGGCAAGCGUAUGGAAUAACAAUGUCAUUCAAGAAAAAGAAAAGUCAUUGUCAAUCAAUAUCUGGGAUAUUCCAACAUCAAUCAAACUUGUGCCACAAGGUGACGAAGGUUCCACAUCAUCGGAACAAUUCGCAGGUGGCUCUCUCGAGAAGCAAUAUCCGUCAGAAAACGAGAAAGGAAAUCUUGACAAUGGUCUCACUCUGUUUGCAGGGAAUAACGCUGCUUCAUCGAAGAAACUCGGUCCCUACUACAAUGUGGUACUAUCCAGAACUGGUAUUUCUGUGUAUGAUGAAGAAGCUGAAAAGCUUAAAACAAACUGCAACCAAUUUGUGAAAUUGCUUGAGGAAAUCGAAUGUUCUUUCAACUAUUUUGACGAUGGAUUCAAACGAAUAGAAUCGCGGCUGCAUGGUGCAGGAAAGCAGCGAAUGGAAAAGGAAGAUGUCGUCCAUGAAAACAAACGGCUGGCUUUAUUGAACGAAGAGCUCUGUAAAAAAGUGGAAGUUUUAAGCAAGCAUCUUGAACAGGAAGUCAACAUGCAGAAAGGUAUGAGAGAAUAUCAAUUUAACCUGGAGACCGACAAUGAGCAGCUUCGUUUGCAAGCCGAUAAGCUUAUGAAGGAUAAAAACAAAGACGAAGUUUUACUUGGGCUUCUCGAAAAAGAAAAUGAGGAGCUAUUGGUCAAGUCUUUCAAAUUAAAUGAAUUGGAAAUUCAAGAGAAGAAAACACAAGAAGAGAUGGAAAAAUGUUUGACUGAGCUUUCAAAGAUCGAAGACAUUGUCAAGCAAAAGGAUGAGGAGAGAACACAUCUAGAAGAAGGAAUAUUUCAGCUACAAAAGAAGUGGGAAACAGAACACUUAAGGCUAUUGGAGGCACAAGAAGAAAAUGACAGUUUAAUAUCUAAAAUUUCCGAUUAUCGCGUCAAGUUGGAUCACCUUGAAAGAGAACAUCAACUGACUCAAGAGGUGUCCAAAGAGCAACGUGGAACAAUUUCGUCUUUAAACUUAAGAAAAGCUGAUCUUUCAGUUGAGAUUGAUAGUUUGAAAUUUCGUCUAAGAAGCUUUGUGAAUUUGGAAGAGCAGAAUGAGUCGCUAAAUGAAGAGCUACGAAAAGCAAAGAACAAUUUACGUGCAAUGGAGAAUGUGUACACGGUUUCAAUGGCCGAUGCGAUAAAGUUUCGCGGCAAAUAUGAUGAGGCAUGUUAUGAGCUUGAAGGGCUCCAAGCAACGAUUGAUUUGCUAUCGACUGAGAAAAAGGAACUGAGUGAAAAAUGUGACAGAUUGGAAAAUGCAAUGACUAGAGAAUUGUUUGAGCAUGAAGGAACUUUGAAAAGUACUGACGGGAAAACCAAGGCACUUGAAUCAAACUUGAAUUUGAAAAAUGUGCCAGAAGAUAGCAGCUUUUGGGGAAAUGAAGCCAAGAGAAGCAAAGAUUAUAAAACUAAUUUUGAUUAAGGACCAAAAAUUGAACCAAACAAAAUUGACCAUUCUAUAAUGGUUGUAGUAGCAUGAAUUGGUAUGACUUAACUUAGCAAGUUGAUUU